AUAUUUUUUCUUUUUACAAGCUUUAGAACAUUUUUUAAAUACAAUCUUUGUGCAAUUUUGUGAAUAUAUCGUUUCUAGUGAAGCCCCUGGGCUUGGAUCUGUCUAAGGAAAAUAAAUCAAUUCAAAAUCGACCGUCACAGUUAUGUCAAUAUCGGCAAACCUAAAAGAGCAAGAACAACAGCACAUAGACGCCGAACGUAGAGCGUUAGUGAAACGUCAACAUCGAAAGCAACCAACGUGUGCGGCCGAAAGUUUGACGAUCGAAAAAUCCUUAAUCAUAUUGGCUGGCGUUUUUAUGAUAUCUUUCGCGGUCAUGCGCUACAUUUACAUGAUAUGUCCCGAGUUAAAUGAAUCGGAAAAGCAGCACAUGAAAAUACCACGUGAUAUACAAGGUGCAAAGAUGUUGGGCAAAGUAUUGGAUCGCUAUAAGGAUAUGUAUUACUUUCAAGUGAUGUUUGGCGUGGUAGCCGCGUAUAUAUUCUUGCAGACAUUUGCCAUUCCGGGAUCAAUAUUUCUUUCGAUUUUGCUUGGAUUUUUAUAUCGUUUUCCGGUAGCUUUGUUUCUUAUUUGCUUCUGCUCAACCUUGGGUGCCACGUUAUGCUAUUGUCUAUCCAGUUUAAUCGGUAGACGUUUGAUAAAAUAUUUUUGGCCCAAAAAGAUCAGCGAGUGGUCUAAACAGAUUGAAAAUCAUCGUGACAAUCUCUUCAACUAUAUGUUAUUUGUACGUAUGUCACCGAUUCUGCCCAAUUGGUUUAUUAAUUUAGCUGCUCCGAUUAUUGGUGUACCAAUCUACCCUUUCACACUGGGCACGUUCUGCGGCGUUGCGCCACCUUCGAUGAUAGCUAUUCAAGCGGGUAAAACAUUACAAAAGAUGAGCAAUACUAGCGAUGCAUUCUCUUGGACCUCAAUGGGUAUAUUAACAAUAUGCGCUUGUCUGUCAUUGGUGCCGGGCAUUCUAAAGAAUAAACUUAAAAAGAAGACACAAUAAAUUUGCCGAAGAGAAGGCGAAUAAUUUUGAUUUUCAAACGAUCAUCGAAUUGAUUGCAUUUCAAGAAAUUUAUAUUUUUUCUUUAUUGUACAACUUUAAAAUUUUCAGUUUUUUCUUUGACAUAAAUUACAAAAACAAAAGGAGAAAGCGAUUGAAACAAUAGAUACAAAAUUGCCAGCUAUAGCGGCACGAUAAAAUGGGUGAACGAAGAAAAAAACAUAUUUUGCGAUUGCUGCCAUAUAUCGAAUGUGAACUUCCAAAAUCUGAACAAGGUGUUUUUCUAUGUAUUUUAAGAUUUUUACUUUAAAACAUAAUCAUUGGUGUCAUUAUAUACAUUUUAUUUCAUUCAUUCUAUACCCUACACAAGGGUAUAUUACGAUUGUACGAACGUAAGCAAUGCACAGAAAAACUUGAAAGAUCCUUUUAUUGCGUCUAUCGUUCCGGAGUCACUUCCUAAAUUGAUCAAAGCUUGUCUGUCCGUCAGUCCGUUUUAGUUUCUUACUUGAAUCUUUACAGGUUCCCAUUUAUAAGAUAUCGGGUAGCUUUUCGACCACUUUGUAUGCAAUGCCUGAACUGAUGCAGGUUACGUAAUGACGGGCCGUGGCCGACUAUGGCAUUUUUACUACUUAGAUUAGGAGAAACCUGUACAAUAAUUUGUUCUGGUAAUUCUUUUCAAGGUAAAAGGAAAGUUAGUAAAAUCAUGAUAUUCGUGGAAAUUGCUAAGCAUAUGUGAGUAUUAAAAAAAAAAAUAAAGAAAACACUGUGAACACUUUUCAUUUAAGAAACUAUGGCGUUGACCGUCUUUGAUGCAAUUCGGAAUCUGCGAAAAAAAACUCUUAAUAUUACUUAAUGUUUAAUCUACAGCGUUUACGGAUAGCGCAGAAACGUAGCGUUGUUUGAUUGGUGACCGAUUGGAUGAAAAAUCUUUUAUUAGAAAAAAAUUGUUGAACGAAUUCGACGAUUUCUUCGCAGAUAUUUUGUCUUUAAAUAUUGUAAAGAACUUCAGCGAGAAGAAUGAAUAUUGUAGAAGUGGUCAUGCCGGCCGUUCGAAAAAAUCUUGCUUCUAGGAAAACGAGCUUAAAAUCUUAAAAAGCAUUAUAGGCAUGGCCUUUCAUUGCAGUUGCGAUAUUUUGAAAAAAUAUCGAUUCAAUUUAUUUCAUUCUUAGCUUUAUUUCUAAUUUAUAUUUAUGCAGGCAAAGCGACAGCGCUAGCACAUGUUUGAUCAGAAGUGAAGAACAAACAGGAGGGAGAUAAAGCAAGAGUUCAUUAUUUUAGCAUUGCCAUCAAUUUCGUUUUUACCGCAUUAUAAUUUCAAAAAAAAUUUUCUCAACAUUUCUUUUCCUUACGUUGCUUUGUGAAUCCCGAAGUACGAAAAAGUUCUUUCAUAUUCAAACAUUCUAACCAUUUUUUCCUCGAAAAUCCCUUUGGUGCUGCAUUUGUCAAAGAUCCGCGUUUAUCAAAUGGUGGAAGAAAUUUAAUACGAAAACAUAUUGCAUAAAACAUAAUUC